GAGUUUGAAGGCAAGUUAGCCGUUCAGCAAUGUACCGUCUCGUGCUCUUAGUGAUCCUGUCCAUCUUGGGUUCUUUGGUGGUUGUUGAUGGUCGACGACCUCCACCCCGACCAACUCCACCUCCAUCAUCUGAUGAUGACACUCUGCUGUUGGUUCACACUCUCUUCAGGCAUGGAAACCGAACGCCCAACUCCAAGGUCUACAGCAGCAACCCCAUUUCAAACUCCAGCUUCUACUGGCCUCAUGGGUAUGGGCAGCUAACCGAGGAGGGAAAAAGGACGGAGUACCGGAUAGGAACCACCCUUAGGGAACGGUACCAAAACUUCCUAGGCAACGCCUACAACAUUGACUUCAUCGACUCCCGAACAACGAAUGUUAACCGCACCAAAAUGUCCUUGCAGCUGGUGCUGGCUGGAUUAUGGCCUCCAACUGGCCAGCAGGUGUUCCUGCCAUGGCUCAACUGGCAGCCAAUUCCCUACAACUACCUAACAAACGACAAGGAACUCAGUGGAACCAGCGUUUGCAGCAACUACGAUACCUUAGUGGACGAAGUGGAAAACUCCGAUGAGAUCCAAGAACUUUUGUCUGUAUAUGAUGAAAUCUUUGAGUACAUCUCCAAUCAAACUGGGGAGGACUUUAGCACUCCCGAUGACAUGUUCAGUUUGUACUUCGAAUCAGUUGCUCAGGUCGAAUACGGGUAUCCAGUGGAAGAAUGGUUGGAGGAAGUGUUUCCGGACGAUUUGGAGAAAAUCACCAAAGAUGUCUACUACAUUGGCACCAACACAACGGCUCUGAAGCGAAUUGCAGGAGGCUUUCUGCUGAGAAAAAUCAUCAACGACUCCAAGGCCAAAAUCGAUGGGCUGCUCACUCCCGAGAAUAGAAAAAUGUUCUUGUACUCCGCCCACGAAAGAAAUGUUGCCAACCUCCUCAUUACCCUUGGAGUUUAUGGGGAUGAAAUCCCCACCUACGGCUCCCAUGUCAUAGUGGAGUUGCAUAACAUUACAAACGUGUACGGAUUCAAGGUUCUUUAUCAAGACUGGACAACCUCCCAACCCCAACUUUUAACUAUCCCUGGUUGCGCAGCUUUCUGUCCAUACGACGAGUUCGUUGAGCUACUCGCAGAGGUAAUUGCUGAUGAAGACGACUGCGAAACAUCGUAAUUACGUGCUUAAUAAGGCGGCAAUAAAAACGCAUUGAAAGUUU